UCCCCCUCUCUAUCUUUCUCUUCCUCCCCCUCUCUAUCUCUCUCUUCCUCUGCCGCUAUAUCUUUCUCUUCCUCCCCAUCUCUAUCUCUCUCUUCCUAUGCCGUUAUACCUUUCUCUUCCUCCCCCUCUCUAUCCCUCUCUUCCUCUGCCGCUAUAUCUUUCUCUUCCUCCCCCUCUCUAUCUCUCUCUUCCUCUGCCGUUAUACCUUUCUCUUCCUCCCCCUCUCUAUCCCUCUCUUCCUCUGCCUCUAUAUCUUUCUCUUCCUCCCCCUCUAUAUCUCUCUCUUCCUCUGCCGCUAAAUCUUUCUCUUCCUCCCCCUCUCUAUCUCUCUCUUCCUCUGCCGCUAAAUCUUUCUCUUCCUCCCCCUCUGUCUCUCUCUCUUCCUCCCCCUCUCUAUCUCUCUCUUCCUCUGCCGCUAUACCUUUCUCUUCCUCCCCCUCUCUAUCUCUCUCUUCCUCUGCCGCUAUAUCUUUCUCUUCCUCCCCCUCUCUAUCUCUCUCUUCCUCUGCCGCUAUAUCUUAUUCUUCCUCCCCCUCUGUAUCGCUCUCUUCCUCCCCCUCUCUAUCUCUCUCUUCCUCUGCCGCUAUACCUUUCUCUUCCUCCCCCUCUCUCUCUCUCUUUCUCUGACCGCUAUAUCUUUCUCUUCCUCCCCCUCUCUAUCUCUCUCUUCCUCUGCCGCUAUAUCUUUC